CAGAGUCCUAGAGGAAGCAGGCAGCCCUCCAGCCCUGCAGACACACCAUUCUCUGCCAGUUCAGAAGAUAGCUUUUUUCAUACUGAUGACAGAAAGAUUGACUUUCGUUUUCCUUGUCGGAUGACACGUCUCUGAGUGUGAGAGGAUUUUGUGGCGCAGUUUAUAAAUAUUGUGAUUCUGGCUGUAGUUUUAUUCCUAGUAGAAGCUCAGCUGACUGUCAAUCUGAUCUGAAGAUAACAUGGGUUCUGUGACUGUUGCUGGCCUGAUCGUGUGGGCAGUGGUCCUGGUUCCUGUUGCCCUGGGAGCCAUAGAUUUCACCUCAGCUGGAAGAGCAGCAGGUUCCUACGCUGCAGGAAUGAUGUCUUCUGCUGCUAUUGGAGGAGGAGUGGCAGCUGAGAGUCUGGUGGCUGUUUUGCAGUCAGCAGGAAUGCCUGAUCUGUCUGGGUCUGCUACUGAAGCUUGGGCCAGUGUUGCUAAUAAAGCAGAGAGUCUGAUGGAUGUUUUGCAGUCAGCAAGAAUGGCUGAUCUGUCUGGAACUGCUACUAAAGCCUUGACCAGUGUUACUAAUAAAGCAGAGAAUCUGAUAGACGUUUUGCAGUCAACAGCCUUGGCCAGUGCUGCUAAUGGAGGAAGAGUGGCAGCAGAGAGUCUGAUGGCUGUUUUGCAGUCAACAAGAAUGCCUGAUCUGUCUGGAACUGUUGCUGAAGUCUUGACCAGUGUUACUAAUAAAGCAGAGAAUCUGAUGGCCGUUUUGCAGUCAGCAGAUCAUGUGCCAUACGUUUGUGGACCCCAUCAAACGCUGCAUGAAUGUGCAGCUGACAUCUUUGCAGAAAACAAGGGAGUCAUAACAGCUGUAGCUAUUGUGACAGGCGCUGGUGGAGCAGUGGUCCUGGCUCCUGUUGCCGUGGGGGCCAUGGGUUUCACCUCAAGUGGAAUAGCAGCAGGUUCCUACGCUGCAGGCAUGAUGUCUUCCGCUGCUAUUGCUAAUGGAGGAGGGGUGGCAGCAGGAAGUCUGGUGGCUGUGUUGCAGUCAGCAGGUGCAGCUGGUCUGUCAGCGACCGCCAAUGCAGCUGUGGCUGGUGUUGGAGCAGCAGUGGGAUGGUGGGCGAGCUUCAUCGGUUAAAAAAACACACCAAGAAAUCAUUUAUUUACUUUUGGCAAAAUUGCUAAUCUUGUUACAUUGAUAAAGCAGUACUUUUGUAUUUGAGACUGUUGAAACGUUUGGUUGACCGACUCAAACUUGUGUUGAUGUUUUGCUGUUUCUACAAAGGCUAUUACAAUGUUCCAGAAAUUUAGAAAAUUUAAAAUGUAUUCUAAUAAAACUCUUGGGAAAGUGUUA